GCCAAUCUCUAAGUAUCUGAAAUGGCGACACACUUCAAAUCCCUACUACCAGUUAUCGACAUCAGUCCUUUAGUGGUCAAAUGUGAUGAUUCCAACAUGGCUGAGGAUGCCGGCGUGGUUGAGGUUGUGAGAAAACUGGACAGGGCCUGUCGGGACGCCGGAUUCUUCUACGUAAUUGGUCAUGGAAUAUCGGAGGAUCUUAUAAGGAAGGUGAGAGUGAUGUCACAUGAAUUCUUCGAGCUUCCUUAUGAAGAGAAACUUAAGAUCAAGAUUACUCCAGCUUGUGGUUACAGAGGAUAUCAGAGAAUUGGACUAAACUUAACGAAUGGGAAACAAGAUAUGCACGAAGCCAUUGAUUGUUACAAAGAGUUUAAUGAAGGGAAGUAUGGGGACCUUGGAAAGGUUUUGGAAGGGCCAAACCAGUGGCCAGAUAAUCCACAAGAGUACAAAGAGUUGAUGGAGGAGUAUAUUAAGCUCUGCAUUGAUCUUUCUAGAAAUAUCUUAAGGGGAAUCUCAUUAGCCCUUGGUGGAUCACCUUAUGAGUUUGAAGGAAAGAUGAUGAGAGACCCUUUUUGGAUCAUGCGUAUUCUUGGUUAUCCAGGUGUUAACCAAGAAAAUGUUAUCGGAUGUGGAGCUCACACUGACUAUGGCUUGUUGUCGCUUAUAAAUCAAGAUGAUGACAAAACUGCUCUUCAGGUGAGAGACUUAGCCGGCGAUUGGAUACCAGUUAUUCCGAUUCCUGGAUCAUUUGUCUGUAACAUCGGUGAUAUGCUAAAGUUUCUUUCUAACAGAGUUUACGAAUCCACACUUCAUAGAGUGAUCAAUAACUCUCCUCGAUACCGUGUUUGCGUCGGAUUCUUCUACGAGACUAACUUCAACGCGGUGGUGGAGCCAUUGGAUAUCUUCAAAGAGAAGUACUCAGGAAAAGGAACAUCUCGAGUUUUCAAAAGAGUUGUCUAUGGAGAGCAUCUGGUUCACAAACUCCAGACCACCUUUGCAAAUUUAGUAGAACACAGUUAAUGUGGUUUGUUGGACUUUGGAUGGUCACUGUACUUUUAACUAAUUUGGAUUUCGAGUUUAAUAAAAUUAAAAUAAAUGA